UAACAGAGAGCACGCCCACUAUAUAGGCGACUGGAGAAACCUUGACCUCGAAAGUCUUGCAGAGAUUAAUUAGCUUUGGACAAUUUCCAAAUCCCAAGCUUCCCUCCGUUCCCCUCGCUGCAAACCAUGUGACCAUUAAUCCUUAAGCCUCGCAUUUAUUGCAUCUUGGGAUACCAUCCAACUUCCAAGACUUCAACACGAAAGGGAACCACCUCCCUUGCCAUCCACGCCCAUCACCUCCCUCACCUAAACCUCAUGAACUCCGCCAAUAGCCCCACUCUGAGCCCCCAUGGAGCCCCUGCCACCGUGCUCAGCCCCCACCUCAGCGGCAAGCUACGCUACGUUCUCGGCUUCUCCGUUGGCACCUUUCUCUUCAUCGCCUCCAUCACGUUUGUAUACUACUUAUGCACCCGAGCCAACAUCCCGACCCAGCCACCGCGCCGGCGGUCGAGUGGGUCUGCCGGUGAGGCAAGGGUGGCCGACGUCGAGGCCGGGCUCGACGAGGCUACCCUGAUGAGCUACCCCAAAGUGCUUUACUCCAAGGUCAAGCUCCGUGAUAAGGGGUCGACGAUGACAACGACGGCCUCUUGCUGCUCUAUAUGUCUUGCCGACUACAAGGGGACCGAUGUGCUUCGCACUCUGCCGGACUGUGGGCACCUGUUCCAUCUCAACUGCGUCGACCCAUGGCUGAGGUCGCAUCCGACGUGCCCGUUGUGCCGCACCUCGCCGAUGCCGAGCCCUCUUUCGACGCCUUUAGCUGAGGUUGUUCCAUUGUCAAGCCGAUCAUGGAAUGUAUGAGUAAUACACAAGGCAGGAAAGGACUUUGCUAAAUUUUUUUUUUUCAUAACAUGAUUCUCUUCUGUGAAUAGUGUAUGUCUGAAUUCAAUUCAAGCUGUGUUUGCAUAUUAAGCACGUUAUCAGAUACGGUUGUUCUUUUGCUUGGAGAAGCAGGAAGGAGUUGACUCAUAUUUUGGCAUUUAUCUUAGACCCUUCUUGUUUGAGCUUGGGGCUUAGGGCUGGCAAUGAUGCGUAAUUUUGA